AUGCCUCUUUUCGCCGUCGGCUUGCUCGCGGCGCCAGCUGCACUCAGCGCCUCCUCUUCGCGACUGAUACCCGAGCGGGAGUGGCGAUUGGCGGCAGAGCUGCACCGCUCUCGUGUUCGCCGCCUGCUCUCGCCUGGCUUCGCGCCGGCGCCGCCGCCAGCCCUCACCAAGCGUGGCGAGCCGUCGGCACGCAUGGCGGGCGCUGCCGACGGCUUCCGCAAGCUCGACACGGCCCACCCCGUCUUCAACUUCUUUGAGCAGUACUACGGCGUUACGGGGGGGAAGGGGCCGCGGCGGCUCGCGCGCUGGUCGCCGCCCCUCGAGUCGCCCGGCGGGGUGCUGCUCGAGGCCGCCACCGCCGACGACUUGGGCGACGGCACCCUCCACCUCCGCGGCGCGCAGGUCCUCGACGGUGGCGGCGGCGUGCUGUACGACCCCGCUGCCUGUGUGCCCGCCGACGCGUCGCCCUUCCUGUGGCACCGCGACGUGCUCGCCGCCACCGAGGCGGCGCCGCCAAUCACCUCCUGCUACGGGCUGCACGAGUGGGCGAUGCUCUACCACCCCGAGGGGGCGCCGGAGCCGCCCUCGGCUCGCUAUCAGGGCAGCGCGCUGCAGCUGCGCGUCGACCGCGAGACGCUCAACGCGGCGGUCGAGGGGGGCGUGAGCUGCACGCAUGUGGACGCGCUGCGCUUCUUCGCACCCGCCGCGGCGAGGCACAACCGCCACGGCGGCCGGCUCGAGCGGAUCGACCAGCUGCGGCUCGAGCAGCCCGGCUGCGUGCAUGCGCACAUGGACCUGCUCAAGGCGGCGCUGCGCCUCUCGCCCUGGCUGCCGGCGGAGCUGCUGGCCGACGCGCUCGAGGUGGCCAUCGCGGCGCGCUCGCUCGACGUCGCCGCGUCGCCUUAUGACGCCUCCGCCUACGGGUUGCCGCCGAUUCGGGUCGAGCUGCCGUCAGGCCGCGACGAGUACCGCGCCGCGCAGGUCGAGCUCAUGCACAGGGCCGCACCGGUGCGCGCGGCGCUGCGCGCCGCGUUCGACGCGUACCUCCAGGCCGCCUUCUGCCCGGCCGACGUUGCCGCUGCCGAGGCCGCCCCGGGCGAGGACCGCUUCGCAGUCGCGACGCCCGCCGGCCCGCCGUGGAGGAAGGCGCUGCUCCAGCGCCCCGAGCGGACCUCUCUUCCUAAGCGGUAA